AUGGAAAAAAAACGGACUCUUCGACUCAAACUAAAGAAAAGGACACUGAAUUUUGGAACUUGGAAUGUCCAAGGGAUAUCGACGAAAUUGACAGAGGUUGUGUCGGACAUAAAGAAUCACGGGGUGGACAUAUCAGUACUAACAGAAACCAAGAAAAAAGGCCACGGAUCUGAAAGUUUAGGAGAUUACGACAUGUUUUUUAGAGGAGUAAGUAAGGAACAAUGGGCUCAGCAGGAUGUUGAAAUUCUCAUCCGGAAAACCUUGUGGAAGUACAUUAACAACUGGGAAGCUGUGAGUCCGCGCAUAAUCAAGAUGAAUCUCAGGGUGUACGGGCAUAGAAUUGCACUACUUGGAGUGUACGGGGUGAAUGACGAUGCUCCUUUGGGGCUAAAAGACCAAUUCUUUGAACAACUAAAUGAAGAAAUCGAGCAAAUUGGAACCACGAGGGAAGUGCUAAUCAUGGGAGACCUAAAUGGAAGAACGGGUAGUAGGAGGGGUUGCAAGGUGGUUGGACCAUAUGGAGAGGAAGUUGUGAAUGAUAGCGGUAUCCGAAUCAUCGAUAGCUGUGAUCAAAAUUAUCUAAAAAUUUUAAACGUAUUUUACCAGCGUCACGACAUUCACAAAUACACCUGGGUGCAGCCAACGCGAGGUUUGAGGUCCAUUAUUGACUACGUGAUUGUGAGGCAAAAAUCCAAGAUGAAGGUUCAGCAAGUGAGAGUGUGCAGAGGUCUCUCAUGUGGCAGCGACCAACAUUUUCUCGAAGCAAUAAUAGCUUUCCCGGCGAAGGACGGCCAGUGA